AAGUUUUACGAUCUUUCAUCAUAAACUCUGCUAUAUUGGAUUAUAAGAGUCGUUAUUUGUGUUCCAAUUUAUUUCGGGACCACUUAAAUUGUAGACGGGUCGGCGAUUCCACCAUGAGGGAUGUUAGGAUUGCAGCUAGCUUGUGUUUUUGUAUUUCUUUGUUUUUGUUAACAGAUGCAAAAGAUAUCGGCAAAGAAGAAGUGGACAAAGUAAUAGAAGAUGAAAUAACUCAGAAAUUGAGUGAUGAUCUACUACAAAGUCUUGAGAGGAAAUUCCAAGUGGACCUUCAGAAGGCAGUGGAUAUGGUGUUAAUGAAGAUAAAGCUGCUACUGAAGAAUGGAACGCUGCACAUCCAGGACAGGCUGACCGAGCUGCAAGACAUGCUGGACGUCAUCAAGGGACAUGGAGAGAAGGAGUUGGAGGUGUGCCUACAAAAGAAACAGAAUGAGACAUCAGUGUUGGCUGAGAAGGCCCUGCAUCAGAUGGUGGUCUGCGGGUACGCACUGAUAGGCCACGACCCAGCACAGGCCGUGCACAGCGUCCUAGCACUCAAGAACAUGAUCCGCACAGGAAUCAAACCGAUAUACGAUAAGAAACACGAAGUUUAUGGUCUUCUGAAGGUCUGUGGGCAUGACCAUGAUACCCUGAAGAAGGUGAUCAAGUGCGUGAUCUCAAAGUCACCAGUAAUCAAAUCAGCGAUGAUGGAUGUGACAGGUAAGCUGAUUGAUGGAGUAGUCAGCCUGACCAAACUCAUGGCUCAUGGAGCAAUGCACGAAGCUUGCCUCAUAGAAGUAAUCAGAAAUAUAGAAGACGAAGCCUUCACUCUUGUAGAAAGCGUCAGAGUCUGCGUAUACACGAACAAUACCUUUAUGCAAGAAGUUAAAGAUUACAUCAAAGACAACAACGCAACAGUUCUUGAUAUAGAAAGAAAAGAUAAAAGUAAAAAGAAAGAAAAAGAUGAGACGGAUGAAAAAGAUACUGAUUUAGAUAAAGAUAAGGAAACUAAAACUGUUGAUAAAGAAGGCACGGAAAAACCAACUAAAGAAGAAGACGUUAAACAUAUGAAGGAGCUAAUCAGAAGAAUGUUAGCUGACAACAAAGCAAAUGAUAUAGAUUCUUCGUUUAAGACUAAACUAGCCAAACUACAACAAGACUUAGCAGCUGUUGAUGCUAACGAACUUGUCAAAAAGGAUAAGAGUGAUUAAUUAAAUAAUAAAGUAACUUUUAUUUAAUA